AAACCCAGAGACAGGCUGAGCAGCCCUGGGAGAGCGGUGCCAGACAGCUGUUAUCACCAGGCACCCAACAGAAGGGAAAGAAGGCUUGAUACGCCGCCUCAGGUCAGACUCGGUCCCCGCAGCACCUUGUCCAUGCCCAGGUCCUGAGCUGCUGUGUUCCGCCGGCUCCCCUGCCCAGAAUGGCCUGCACCGAGGCCCCACAGCAGCCAGCCCCGCACCAGCCCCUCUCGUCAGGAGCCACCACCACCACGGACACCACAGGUCCUGCUGGGGGUCAUCGCGGCUCCGUGGGUCCCGACCUGGAGUGCCUGGUGUGCCGGGAGCCCUACAGCUGUGCCCGACUCCCCAAGCUGCUGGGCUGCCAGCACUCCUUCUGCGCUGUCUGCCUGAAGCUCCUUCUGUGCCCGCAGAACGACACCUGGUUCGUCACCUGCCCCCUGUGCCGCAAGGCCACCGCCGUCCCCGGGGGCCUCAUCUGCGGCCUGCAUGACCAGGAGGCCGUGGUGGGGCGGCUCACCCGGCCGUGCCCAGAAGUGUGGCUCUGUCCUCAGGAGCUGGUGAGUCCCGCUGCCCUGACAGCAGGGCACCCCGGCUUGGCAGGAGAGGAUGGGCAGGACGUGGCAAGUGCCAACCGCGUGGCAGCCCGGCGCCUGGUGGCACACCUGCUCCUGCUGGUCUUGCUCAUCGUCCUCAUCCUGCCCUUCAUCUACCCUGGGAUCAUGCAGUGGACGCUCACCUUCAUCAUCGCCCUGGCCCUGCUGGUGGCCACCCUCUUCUGCUGUCACCCCCGCAGCCAGGGCAGCGGCCGGCCCUGCCCCAGGACCCUCUUCUGCGGGGAGCAGAAACACAGCGAGAUCUCCUCCGUUGCCUGUGUGCACCCCGUCCAGGCACCCACAGCACCUUGUGCCUCUGCGGCCCCGAUAUUCUCCCAGUGAAAAGGGUAAGGGGCUGUGAAGUAAGGCUGCUCCCUCAGGAGACGGAAUGCCAGCCAGACUUGCAAGCUAAAGCCAGAUGCUGUCUCGGGUCCAGAACUAUGUGCUUGGAGGAUAGACUUAUGCCUGCCCCGGGGACAGCGUGGCUAAGCUGUUCGGGGUGGGGAGGAGGCACAAAUGACUUGAACACUACAAGGGGGGCUCCUGUUCCUCUGAUUCCAGUGCUCCGGGUUUUCCUUUCUAUACCUUGAGGAAAGUAGUGCAAUAUUAACGUAUCGAGGAACCAAUAGAACCAGAACUCCUCUGUUAUUGUUUUGUAAUGUAUGCAGCUGGUUUUAUCUUAUUGCUUGGUUGGGGGCUGGGUUUUUGUGUUUGGGGUAGUUUGCUCCUAUUCCUGGCUGCUACACAAUUUCCCUCCUGGGAAAUCAGAGCUCACGGGACGUCCUCCUGUGUCCCCGCCAAUGCUGCCCAUCUCAUGCCCACCCCGCCUUGCCAAAGGUCCCGGCAGUUUGGGUCUUCCAUGGAGUCGCCACACCAUCCUUUCCCCCCAAGAAUGGAAGGAGAGAACUUGUAUGAAGAAGUGGUACUUCUGAUGCCAGCAGGAGCCCCCACAUUUAGUUGGCAGAGCUGGGGCGUGGGGAGGGAAUGCGGGUGGCUCUGGGAAUUUCCCUCAGCAUCCCCCACCAGAAUUUCCCAGUUCCGUGUCUUCUGGCCCUGACUUAACAGAAAAUCUCAGAGUUGCAAGGGCUUCCCCCCUGCCAGCCCAGCUGCCCACCUGAUGCACUGCCCCACACUCCAGAACUGGGAAUCAUGAGUGCUGCUUUCUUUAUUAUUGCGUCUCGCUUUCCAUUUGAGCAUUUGUCAUAAAGAUAAGAGGCCUCGUAAACGCAGCGGAACUCUCCAAUAACCCCAACUUUCCCACCUCGCCCCAAGAGUCGCAGUCAUCUGAAAGGCGUCUCUGUGUUUUUUCUCGGUCAUUACUGCUCCAUAGCAUGGAGGAAUGACCUUCCACGGUCACCCAGGUCAAGCCUCAGCUGGGAGACCCGUGGGGUGCAGGGGAGCAGAGGGUGAGAGAUGACACUCUAUUUCCUUCCAAAGCCAUAAUAGGAAAGCAGACUUGAGACCUCAGAUGGGUUCCCCGAGCACAAUCCAUUGUCCUGUCGCUACGGUUGACAGUACCUUUGUCAGGAGGGAGGUGCGAACUCUGUCACCGGAGCACAGGGGGUGCACCUUGUGUUGUUGAACCAGGUCCUGCCUCUCAGAGCUUCACUUUCCCUGAGAUGAGCUGGUAGAACUGGAAUAUUCCUAACACCCCUGCAGCCCAGGAGCUGAGGGCACUGCCGAGCCCCCAAACAAUGGAUGUGCACGGGCCACAUCCCCUGCGGCCUCAUGCAAAGAGAGAUCAAGAUACAAGUGUGGGUGCAAUUAGCUGUUCUUGAAAUCUGGGUGCCUC